AUGGCUCGGCCCACGUAUGGCAUUGUCCAGGCAAUGCAGUCCCUGCGACUGUAUUCGCCAUCUUCCUACCGACUGGCAGCUCCUGCCCUCCGGAGACAGGCCCGUGGCUAUGCGACAGAGACCGGGAAUACGACCGGGGAUGUGCAAUCAUCGAGCGACCUGCCUCCCACCGACCUUCCUUCCACUGAACCUCCUGCCACUGAACUUUCCUCGACCCAACCCCCUUCAGCAGCUCCUCCUUUGGCAGAGGCUCCCCCGUCCGAGAUCCCCCCGGCCGUGAAAGCCGCACCGGAGAUCAACUUCGAUAGAUUCAACGCCCAGCCCGCCCGAAUUGUCCCGGCGUCACCAUCCUACUUCUCUGGCAGUCCACGGUUUAUCGAUAAUGUCCUGAAGCUGGAGUCCCUGCAAGCCAAGUACGCCUCGCUCCCCACAGUAGGCGCUGGCGAAGCGCCGCGCAUGGCCUGGUUCAAGCUGGCCCAAUUCCGAGACUACGUGGGCGAGCCAGUGCCGAUGAAGAAAUACAAGUCGCUGCUCAAGAUUCUGCAGCGGCUGAACCGCAUCCAGCCCGAGAUGGUGCCCGGCGAGGUGCGCUCCGAGUUGAACAACUUCCUGCGACCGGGUAACCCGUACGCCGCUCAGAACGUGCCGCGCACCGUGGACGAGAAUGGUCGGGCUCGGGCGAAGGGCAAGCGUAAGGAGUCGACUGCCGUUGUGCAAUUGGUCGAGGGCGAGGGCGAGAUCAUGGUCAAUGGCAAGUCUCUUGUUGAAAUGUUCCAGCGGGUUCAUGACCGUGAGAGUGCCCUGUGGGCUCUGCGGAGUACCCAGCGGAUGGAUAAGUAUAAUGCUUGGAUUACGGUCAAAGGUGGCGGUGUGACUGGCCAGGCGGAGGCUAUUACUUUGGCGAUUGCGCGGGCGUUGCUGCUGCAUGAGCCGGGCUUGAAGCCCGUUCUGCGGAAGGCUGGCGUCAUUACUGUCGAUGCUCGUCGCGUGGAGAGGAAGAAGCCGGGUCAUGUCAAGGCCCGCAAGAUGCCCACCUGGGUCAAGCGGUGA